GACCAGGCUCAGGGUCGGGGACCAGAGGCUCCAGCUCCGGGCGCCUUAAUACACACUCAGGUCGUCAUGGUUACCGUCGCUUUACUAAAAUCUUUCGGAGCCAACAAGAUGUCUCUGCGUGCACUGCCUCUACAGUUCCUCAACCUGGGUGGGGAAAUGAUGUACAUUAUUGACCAGCGGCUCCGAGCUCAGAACAUCCUACCGGAGCGAGCUGCCAAGGUCCGUAAUGACAUCAUCGGGAUCAUGCUGAACCGUCGCUUUGUGGAGGAAUUGUUCAAGCCUCAGGAGCUCUACAACCGUCGGUCUUUGCGCACAGUAUUUGACAAGUUGGCUCAUGCCUCCAUCAUGCGCCUCAAUGCCCCCAGCAUGGAUAAGCUGUACGACCUGAUGGUGAUGGCAGUGAAGCAGCAGGUGCUGAUGUGCCCCCAGCCUGGUGACCUUCUGCUUAUUACCCUCAAUCACCUUGAUGCUCUCAGGAUCUUCGCUACAGUGCCAACUGUCUUAGCACAGGUCGAGUCUACCCUCAACUUAUUUCGACAGACUUUCUGUAGCAUGAGUGUGGGGGAACUGGCUGAAGUACGGAGGGCGCUGCUGGGGUUUGUCCAGGACCUGCGCAUCCGAGUGUCUAUCUUCCUGAAGGAGAAGCAGCAGACACCCACCGGCACCUUCAUCCUGCCCACUCAUGGGCCUGUUCCCCAUGGGAGUGAGGUACCAGGCAUUAUCAGAGUGUUUGAGGGUAAAGGGGAGGUGGUGAGUGUGGUGAGGUUCCCCUCUGGAGGGCAGUACACAACGGCACUCCCAUACGGCUCUCUGGCUCCUACUGGCCCUCGGGGCACAUCACUUGGCACCAACAUGUAUGAGAGCCAAACCAACGAUGAGCGGCCAACCAGGGUAGAUGACAACGCUGCCUUCAGUGAUCCAACUCUAUCUUGCUCCUAUCACCAUACUGCUCUGCCUUCACCUGCCUGCAGUGAUGAUGGAAGCCUCAGCUGCCCAGUAAAUGGAAGAGCCAGAGAUGAAUUAAACCUUCUGGCUCAGCUUAUUGGCUCAGCAUCCACUACAAAAAAGGAAUUCAGAUUAAAUCUCUUCCUGACAGAUGAGAACAACAGCUGUGUCAAUGACAAUGAGAUCCUGGUGAGUGACAUCAUCACAAUAGAGGGCGGGGAGCGGGACGGUCGACCAGAGCUGGGCAAGAUCUUGGGGGAGCUGACCCUACAGGAUGAUGACUCCAUGUCUGACAAAGGUCAAGACCUCUUGGACUUGAUGGAUAGUGUGUAACCACUAUAGUAGCUGUAGGUAUGGGUUGAUAGCAGGCAAGAUGAUUUGUCAUGGGGAAUGGCAAUUCCUUAUUUUAGAAUAAUAUGAGUACAGUGAGUUCUGCUAUAACGCGUGUUUUGACAACGCGAAUUUGCUCGAACGCGAUUUAUGAAUUGAGGAACGAUAUUUGUAAAACGCGAACUCGUUUGCUCUAACGC